AUGGCAAAUAUUUCACUCUCAAUAACACUUGUGAUUCUCUUGUGUGGCUUAACUCUUGCAUCAAGAACAAAAAUAUUACCACUCAGCAGCACUGUUACUGCAUUGGCACCAGAGCUCAGUGAUGGUGUUUGCUCAUCACUAGUGAAAACACAAGGCUAUGCUUGUGAAGAACACUUGGUAUUGGUGCCUAACAAUACACAUGCUCGAGCUGAAGAAAGAAAUGGAUCUCCAUUGCAGCAAGAAAACUGCAGAUCGAAUGCAUCAGAGCUCCCAUCUGACCACACCCGUAUUUGGUCAGACCUUUCAGCAACUGCAGUUAAAAAUACUAGUGUUAUGGAAGAAAGGCAGGCACAACAAGGAACAUCUUUGAAUGAUAAUGAACAAAGAGAAAUUCAAAGGAUUAUGAUUUUUGUUUUUGAUGGUGUGACAUGGUUAUUGCUACCACCAAGCCAAUCUCUUGCAUUCCUUUUGGCGGAUAAUGGUUUUGAUGUUUGGAUUGCCAACUCGCGCGGAACCAAAUAUAGUCAUCAACAUACAUCCUUUUCUAGUAACAGCUCGGAUUAUUGGAAUUGGUCAUGGGAUGAAUUGGUAGCAUAUGAUCUUCCAGCAACAUUCGAGUUUAUCUUUUGCUCAUCCGGUGGUUCUAGUGAAUGUUUUCAAAUGUUUCUUCUACAGGCUGUUCAAUUACUUUUGGAUUGUCGUGACCGUCUGAGCUCAGAAGACUUGAGCAAUAAAGCUGAUAGCAGCCCAACAGACUCACAGAAGCUGGAUCCAAUUCAAGUAUACAAUACUAAAGGAUCAAAGAAUUUAGAAGUAAGAAUAUUGCUCUAG